AGAAUAUCUAGUGGUGCCACAAACCAGUUUUCAAUAUCACAGCCUACUGGGUCAAAAAACAACGAAGCACUCCUUUAAUCCAGACUCAAUUUAAGUGAUUCUAAGUAUGAUUGUCGAAACAUUGUCAUGGUUUCUUGGUAUUUGCACCAGUCCAGUCAAUGUAUUGAUUCUGCUGGUGGUGUUCCUUGUGGCAUAUGGACUGUUAAAUCUUCGACGACCAUCUGGUUUCCCACCUGGUCCUAUGGGGUAUCCAUUUAUUGGUAAUGUGUUGGAUCUAGCAACAGAUCCACAUAUCAAGUUAAUGCGGUAUGCUAAUCAAUAUGGAGAUGUCAUCACAAUAAAGCUGGGUACAAUAAACUGUGUUGUACUAAAUAGUAUUGAAGUCGUUAAUGAAGCAUUGGUUAAGAAGAAAAACGAUUUUGCUGGACGACCUAGUCAGUACUCAAGUGACAUGUUUAGCGAAAAUGGAGAGGAUAUUCUGUUCGGUGACUUUACUCCUAAGUGGAUAUUUCGUCGCAAAAUUGGACACCAAGCUUUUAGAAACUAUGUCAGUGGAGACAAACUUGAAGAUCUCGUGAGAUAUGAAGCUUUUCCGAGAUUACAAAAAGUUAUAGCUGACAUGGACGAGAAACCAUUUUAUCCUAAACCAUUGCUGGGUUUUAUGAUAGCGAAUAUUACUGCGACAAUGUGUUUUGGUGAAAAGUAUGAGGUGAACGACCCCGAAUUGAAAGAAAUUCUAAAGAUGCUUGACUCCACAAACGAGGUAUUCGGUAAUGGACUAGUUGCAGAUUAUAACCGUAUAUUCCAAUAUAUACCAACAAGCGGUAUUCGUGCAGCUAAGAUAUUGGUGGCAACAUGGCUCGGUUUAAUUCAGAAAAAGAUUACUGCCCAUAAAAACAAAUCUAAUAAAGAUAAUCUAGAAGUACACAACAUUAUCGAUAAUCUAAUAAAAAUCCAAAACGAAGCCAAAAUAGCAGGCGAAGAUCAGGCAGCUAAAUUUACUGAUGUCAAUCUUCGGCAAAUAAUUAGUAAUAUUUUUGGAGCUGGAAUAGACACAAUUGCAAACACCUUUGAUUGGUGCAUUGCGUUUCUGGCAUGCUACCCGGAUGUGCAAACUAAAGUACAGAAUGAGAUUGAUGACGUCAUCGGACUAGAUCGUCUGCCAUUAUUAUCUGACAAGGGUAAAUUACCAUACUGUGAUGCUGUAAUCCAUGAGGUCAUGAGAAUUCGCACAGUUGCGCCAUUUGCUGCACCUCAUAAAACAUGUUGUGAUACGUCUGUGGAACGUUUCUUGGAUACAGAUGGCAAAGCAUUACCCAAACCAGAGAGUUUUCUUCCUUUCUCCGCUGGACGUAGAGUGUGUAUGGGAGAAGUAUUGGCUAAAUCGGAGAUGUUCCUUGUCUUCAUCUGCUUAUUCCAACAUUACACAUUCAAAGUGGCUCCUGGCAAAGAGAAGCCUGAUUUAAAUCCAAGUAUAGAGGGUCUAAUUGUGCGUUGUUGUCCCUAUAAUGUAAUUGCCCAGCCAAGGAAGGGAACUGAUUUUAUGCUUUCUCCUGGUCUUGAAAAACAGAAGUAG